AUGGCAUCUAAUUCACAUGAUCACUUCAGAGGAGAGGUGAGUGGGCCGAAUGGAUGUUUAUCGUUCUGGCAGCCACCAUCACAUCCAGUAGUCUGCGUUUGGCGAAUCACGGUAACGUCAGGAAGAAAAUUUCAGCUUAAUUUCAACUAUCGAAAUAUGCCAACCUCCAAAUCUCGGUUGCGUGUGUUAGACGGAAUCAACUGUGGAGGCGCUACGCUGUCAGAGCUUUCUUAUCAUUCCAGCAUUCCACCAAACGGCAUUGUCUCAAAUAGCAAAACGAUGACGGUUGUGUACACAGAGACAAUUUUUGAGAUGUCGUUGACAAAUAUUUAUGCCUCCUUUUCAGAGAUUAUACCGGAGAUCACCACAACCACGGAGACGAGUACAACGCCAAUCAGGACUGCCCCGGGUAGUUCGAUGAAACCCACUGAUGGAGUUAUACCGGAGGUCACCACAACCAUGGAGACGGGUGCAACGCCAAUUAGGACUGCCCCGGGUAGUUCGAUGAAACCCACUGAUGGAGGUGAGUGUUAG